AUGCAUGCAGGCGCAGGGGCCCCCGGGGGGCCCCCCUGGCAGGAGUUGGGGGGCCCCCAACAGAGCACUGGGGGGGCCCCCCAGGGGGCCCCCCUAGGGGCCCCCAAGGGGGCCCCCUGGGGGCCCCCUGGGGGCCCCCCUAGCAAAGGGGAAGACCUGACUCUAAUUGAGGGUUUAGUUUUGAAGUGCAGGGUUUUGGGGAAGGGCCUGGCCUUUGCUGAUGUGCAGGGCGCGGGAAACACCCCCGCGUUGGUGAACAGUUUGUUGACUUCGCUGUGCAACAUUUCGCCCUUCUUUAGGGUGACCCGUGUGGCAGCAGCAGCAGCUUUGGAUGAGAAGUUUAUAAUGGAAGAGACAAACGGGGAAAUGCAUGAGGAGACAGAAGCUGCUGCUGCUGCUGCUAAUGCUGCUUCAGCAGCAGCAGCAGCAGCAGCAACGGCAACAAAGGCAGCAGCAGCAGCAGCAGCAGCAGCAGCAGCAGCAAGCCAACAUGGAGGGGACACUGUGCAGCUGCUGUUCUCAGCUGCAGAAUACUGGGGGCCCCACGAGCUUACAGCAGCAGCAGCAACAGCAGCAGCAGCAACAGCAGCAGCAGCAACAGCAGCAACGGCCGAUGCAGCAGCGACAGCAGCAGCAGCAGAGGAAGCAACUUCAGCAGCUCCAGCAGAAACUUCAGCUCCAGACGAUGGAGCAGCAAAAGCAGCAGCAGCAACAGCAGCAGCAGCAACAGCAACAGCAGCAACAGCAGCAACAGCAGCAGCAGCAACAGCGGCAGCAGCAGCAGCAGCAACAGCAGCAGCAACAGCAGCAGCGCCUCUCAGUGCUGCUGCAGCAGUCCCCACCAAUCCAGACAGCAGCAGCAGCAGCAGCAGCAACAGCAGCAGCAGCAGCAGCAGCAGCAGCAGCAGCGAAGCAGAGGCCUUAUCUUUUGCUGCUGUGCUGCAGCUGCUGCCGCAGCUACAAGCCAUUCGAACAACUCCAAACUACUUCGCCUUUACCCGCACACUUUCUCUCUACCAAAAGGGGGCCCUCAAACCCCUGCAGGCUUUGGGGGCCCUGGGGGGCCCCAGUACCCUUUUGGGGGCCCUGGAGUCUUUGGGGGCCCCCAGUACCCUUUUGGGGGCCCCGGGGCCUCUGGGGGCCCCCAGUACCCUUUCGGGGCCCCUGGGGGCCCCCGGGGCCCCCUGUGCCCUUUCGGGGGCCCGCGGGGCCCCGGGGGGCCCCCCGGGGGGCCCCCCUGGGGGCGGGGGGCCCCCCAGUACCCUCUUGGGGGCCCUUUUGGGGGCCCCCAAAGCUGUAAUAAAAGCCCUUGCGAGAAAUGCUGCUGGACUAAAAAGAGAAAAAAAUAAAAGACAAAAACUCAGUGCAGCAGACAAGGCUUUUCUUGAAGAGGCUGGCUGGCUGCGGGCGCAGUGGCCCAUCACAGCAGUGCCCACAGAAGAAGAAACUGCAGCAGCAACAAAAGAGAUAUUAAAAUCCAUUUUAAAACAAAACUUUUUCCAAACAAACAAACCAAACAAUUCCCCAAACAAAAUGACUUUUGAACCCCCCUCGGGGGCCCCCUGGGGGCCCCCCCAGGGGGGCCCCCAAGAAGCCCCUUGCGGGGCCCCUGGGGGGCCCCCCAACGGGGCCCCCCUAGGGGCCCCUGGCCCUGGGGGCCCCCCAGGGGCCCCUGAAGGGGGGGGCCCCCCGGGGGCCCCUGACUGUGGGGCCCCCUUGGGGGCCCCCUUCUCAGGGGGCCCCCCAGGGGCCCCCACGGGUUUGUUUGUGGGGCCGGGUGGGUCUGAGGGGCCCCUCUGGGGGCCCCCCCCAGGGGGGGGCCCCCCUUCGGGGGGGGCCCCCCGGGGGGCCCCCCAGGGGGCCCCCCAGGGGGCCCCCCAGGGGGCCCCCCAGGGUCAUAUUUUGGGGGAUUUUGAGGAGAAGAAAAGGAGAGAAAGAGAAAGAAAAGAAAUGGAUUGGAUUUUGGAAAAGAAGGGGCCCCAAAUAGGAUGGUUUAUGGACAGAAUAAAGGGUAUUUAUGAAGAAAAAAGAAAAAGAAAAGACUUCUGCUGCGUGCAGCAGCAGCAGCAGCAGCAGCAGCAGCAGCAGCAGCAGCAGCAGCGGCAGCGGCAGCAGCAGCAGCAGCAGCAGCAGCAGCAGCAGCAGCAGGAGCAGCAGCAGCAGCAGCUUCUGCAACUGGGGCCCCUGGACUUGGUGUUGGCUUUGCAUGCAUGCGGGGGCCUCUCCGACAGCAUUUUGUCUUUUUGUUUAUCUUUUUCUGUUUCUUUUUUGGUUUGCUGCUGCUGCUUCUCGAAGCACAAGCAGCAGCGGCAGCAAACGCUGCUCCCGCUGCUGCUGCGGGGGGCCCCUGCUGCUGCUGCUGCUGCUGCUGCUGCUGCUGCUCAAGUUUGCCUCUUCUGCGCCCCUCAGUACCCUCUGGGGGGCCCCUGGGGGCCCCCCUGCCCCCACAGCAGCAGCAGCCGCAGCAGCAGUGCUGCAGCAGAUUUCAAGCAGCAGCAGAAGCAGCAGCAGCAGCAGCAGCAGAAGCAGCAACAGCAGCAGCAGCAGCAGCAGCAGCUUGCAGGGGGGGCCCCCAAGGGGGCCCCCCAACAACCCUUGGGGGCCCUUCAAACAAAUGCAGAAGGGGGGCCCCCCAGAGGGGGGCCCCCACUAGAUCUGGGGGGCCCCCCUAAAAGGGGGGCCCCUCUAGAUUAUGUUCCUGAUGAUGAGCAGCUCAGUACCCUGUUUAGGCUCGCAGACAGCACAGACCCGGAUGUGCAGCCAAUUGCUGCUGCCACUGCGAUGGCUUGGAGAGCAGCAGCAGCAAAAGCAAUAGCAGCAGCAAAAGCAGCAGAAGCAGCAGCAGCAGCAGCAGCAGCAGCAGCAGCAGCAGCAGCAGCAGCAGAUGCAACAGCCAAGACUGAAGAGCCUGCCCUCCAGGGGGGCCCCCCCGGGGGGCCCCCAAGCCGGGGGGCCCCCCUAGAGGGUACUGCUGGGUGCGAGUGUGGGGCCCCCCGGCCCCUGGGGGCCCCCCUGGGGGCCCCCCUAGGGGGGCCCCCCGGACUGGACUUUGAGUGCCAUUUGCUUUCUUUUCCUUCUUCUUUCUCUUCAAAGAAUCUUGUCCUUUUCGGACAGUUCAAACAAAAGUAA